AACCAUUGGAUCACUGCUAGGAAAUGACAUGCAUAAAGAAUAGCUCAAAAGGGAAGUACCAAUCAAGAGUUGGAAGGGUUUCGGAGGUCUCCAGUGUGACAGGUUGCUCAUCACACACGAAAGGAACAUCUCUGAAUCCAAACUGGUGAAGAAAGCCUUUGCCAUUCAUCCACAUACCAGAUUCAAUUUCUUCAUUGACUGGACUAGCAACCAGUGGGACCAAGUGCGUAGCACUGCAGGACGAGUGUGAGAGCGUGAGAGCACCAUGGCCCAAUAUGACCAACUGGAAGAUAAACAUUCUGUGGAUAUCCACGACAACCCCACCACCCCUGACAAUAUUGUAAAAGAGGAAGACAAUACUGUAUACUUCGUUUACGAGGAGGAGGUGGAAGUAGAGGAGAAGGAGCCCGAGCCGGAGCCCGUUGUUAUAUUGGUGAAUGACAAACCACACAAGUUCAAAGACCACUACUGCAAGACACCCAAGUUCUGUGACGUCUGUGCUCGUAUGAUAGUCCUCAACAACAAGUUUGCUCUAACGUGCAAAAACUGCAAGACCAACAUCCACCACUCGUGCCAGUCCUACGUUGAGUAUCAGAAGUGCUUUGGCAAAAUUCCCCCAGGUUUCAGACGAGCAUACAGUUCACCUCUAUACAGUAGUGACCAGACAGAUGCAGCCCACUCCAACCGUAACGACCCUGUGUUUGACACCCUGCGGGUUGGGGUUGUCAUGGCAAACAAGGAGCGCAAGAAGGGGUCUGAAGACAAGAAGAAUAUGAUGAUGAUGAUGAUGGAGGAAGAGGAAUCACAACAACCCAAAGAAGACGAGCAGGCAGAAGGAAAGCCCGAGGGGGAUAAGAAGGGAGACAAGGCUGACAAAGCAGAUGACAAGAAAAAGAAGGAGAUGGGAAACAUGGGAAAUCAGUCACAUUACUACCUGGCUCUGUACCGCUUCAAGGCCAUUGAGAAAGACGACCUUGACUUCCAUCCUGGUGAUCGAAUCACUAUAAUUGAUGACGCCAAUGAAGAAUGGUGGAGGGGGAAGAUUGGUGAGAAGACAGGUUACCUCCCCACCAAUUACAUCAUUCGAAUAAAAACGGGGGAGAGGGUGUUCAAGGUGACACGGUCCGUCGUGGGAAACAGAGAGAUGGGACAGAUCACUCUGAAAAAAGACCAGUGAAAUCAAUUCACAAUUAGAAAUAAUGUACUUU